GUAGGCAACAAUGGCAGAGAGACUUGGUAUAUGUGCAAUCACUCCUACUACACCAAACUGGACGUGCAAGGUGCAAGUUGUAGAUAUAUGUCGACCAGGAGAGAGUUCAGACAGAAAGAUAAAGUAUUUGAACAUGAUCUUCCAAGAUGAACAGGAAGACCAAAUCAAAGCAAUCAUUUAUGGUGAUGACAUCCCCAAUUAUGAAAAGAUUUUCAGACUAUUUCAUACCUACUUGAUAACGGGUGCACGCAUACAGCUACCAAAUUUGAGAUACGAAAAAUCGUUGCAUACGUUUGAGUGGGUUAUCGACAAAAAGACCAUAAUUGAUCCAAUUGACAAAGACAACUCAGAUGAAGAAGAGUUGCCGCCACCCACUAAACUUACUGUGACGUCCUUUAGAGACAUUAAGGAUCAAGCCUCUCGAUCUAUCAAGAAUCCAACUAAGAACGUAGAACACAAUGUGCUUGCAAUUGUUGUCAAGUGCUUUCCGCCAAGAUAUGUUGCAAGUCUGCAGAAAAGAUUGCAGGAACUCAUCAUCAUUGAUACUCGGAAGCAAACUUUCACAUUUACAAUAUGGGAAGAAGGUAUUAUUGAAGAUGAGGGAAAGAAACUCCUUGGGCAAUUCCAAGAGUAUCCCAUCAUUCUUGCAAGACGUACUGGGGUGUCGAAAUAUAAUGGCACAUCAUUGACAACAAGGUUUAACACAACCAUACAGAUUAAUCCACCUUAUCAACAAUGUCUGCAACUACGUAAAUGGAUUGUAGAAAAUAAAGAAAUGCUUGCUUCUUUCAUUGUGAGGAGCACAUUCACAUCCGGAUCUCUUAUUUCUAUUCCAGUGGAUGAAGAAAUAGUGUCAAUUGCAAAUGUUCAAUCGCAUCAGGACUAACAUAGGGACACACCUUUUUCAUUGAGGCAAAAAUAUCACUUCCAAGUGACCUCAAGUGUUUUUACGUUUUAAUAUGUCCAAACUGUGGACAAGAAGUGAGGAGUCCAGUCAGAAGAGAAAUUCAUUGUAUGAACUGCAAUCAACAGAAUAUGUUGACUCCCAGGUGUCGAUUUGAUGUGAAUCUUCAAGAUACCUGUGGCUCAAUAUUUGGAAUGGUUAUGGGUAAAGAAGGAGAAAAAAUAUUAUCUCUUACUGCAGAAGAAGUUUACGAGCGAGCUUCAGUUAAUAAUGAGUCCUUGCAAAUGCAAGAUGUGUAAAGCAGGCUUAGUCAAAAACUGUUCAAAAUUCAAGUGAAAAAAGCAUUCGCACGCAAUUCAGGAGCAAAUCUGGAAAAUUGUAUAUUGUAUCGUGCGUUGAAAAAGAAAAUAUCAUCCAUUCUCUCCCUGCACCAACCACAACGGAUAUAGGUGAGGGCAGCAAGAGAAAGAAAGAAGAAUUUGUCUUCCUCUGAUGGAGAAAUAGAGCUAGCAACUGAACAAGGUGAAUUGUUCAAGCUAAAACAAAAACUGGAGCCAACGACUCCAGUGAAAAUGAAAUGAAGGUUAAUCAGCUCCUUUUUGCGAUCAAUUUUGGCUUUCAUGGAAUAAAGUUGUUUUGCAGGAAAAUAAAUUUUGCACUGCAGCUUGCUUUUCACUUUUUGUCCUGUACACAACCAUUCCAGUAACCACUGUGUUCCACUAACCAUAGGCGUGAAACAAAGGAGUUCUAAAUUUUGACAUUUUGAUCAAUGAACUGGUACAUAUUGCUCGAUGUGUGACAAAUACACCUUUAGAUGAUGAUCAGUCUGUGUCCUAUUUGCUCUCUUGCCUUGAAGAUCUGAAAGUUCUGACGGAACGCAGGAAGUUUGAAGCACUUACAGUGGAAACGUUGGGAAACGGAAUAGAAAAGCUGAUAAGGUUAGCCUGCAUGGAAAACAUGUUCUUUCAUGGAAGAAUGACCAUGGUGAAGAAUUACUUUAUAUGAGCAGUAAGUGAAUAGCAAGAUGAAGCGUGAGUUACCAGUUGCAGCUCCUAAACUCAAGAUUUUAUCCAAUCUCGCCAACAUAAACAUGAACAAUUUGACUGUUUUGGACAUUCUAGCAAGCUUAAGAAUGUACUUGUACAACUUUGUUCCGCAUAUACAUCUAUAUUUAUGAUGUACUUUAUGUUAAUAUUAAACACAUUAUGCCAAUAUUUAGCUUUGUGGUA